GGAGCAACAUGUUCUCGUGGCUACCAGGGGAAAAAAUAUAUUAGACCUACUUUUUACCUCAGGCACCUCCCAGAUAGCUACUGAUGUAAUUGACGGUCUCCCUGGAUGUGAUCACAAAAUAGUCAGAUGUAAACUUAUAGCUGAGUCGUCGCAUGUGAGGUUUGCGAUGGUUCCACACUUCCUGCGAAAUAUUAAUUGGGUAGAUUUCUCAGCUUUGCUUAGGGUCCAAAAUUGGGACCAUUUCUUUCUUUCGUCUGAUAUUAAGGGAGCCUCCGAUAUCUUCUAUGACAAUGUGGCUAUGUGCUUAAGCAUACUUGCCUCCUGUGAUAAUACGAGAGUCUCUUCUAAAUACGCUAACAAUGCAAAGGACAAGCGGAAAAUUCGAGUGCUAACUCGAACAUUUGAACGUACUCAUGACUUUAGUGUAUUAUUGAGACUCCAACGCCUUAUAAUUGAGAUGGACAUGAAACAUCGAACUCGUCUCAUGCAGGAAGAACGACGGGCUGUAAAUAGUAGUAAUACAAGUCAACUGGUGACUGCAUUACUGAGGAAAAGGAGAGGUGGCAAAACUGACCUACCCUCCCACAUCGUCAUGCCUGAAGGUGAUUGCAUUGAUUCCCCAAUCGCCAUGGCGGAAGCCUUUAACUCAUACUUUGCUAGAUCCUUUAAUGUUGAAAAAGAAACCCUGGAUUUGUCAACCUCGUUUCACUUCUCUGAACAAGUCCCAGCGAUCGAGCUUAGUGUUGCUACGAUAAAACGUAUGAUUACUUGUCUACGACCAUCCUACAGACCUGGCCCCGAUGGGAUCUCUUCUGCUUUAAUCAAACACGGUGGAGAUGAUAUCCCUCUUAUAGUAUUAAAUAUCUUCUCUUUGUCUCUCCAGUCUGGUCAAUACCCCGAACGUUGGAAAACGGCUACGGUCAUACCGAGACAUAAGUCCGGGUCGAAAACUGACAUCCGGAACUACCGCCCCAUUAGUCACACAGCCAUUCUCUCACGCAUGCUAGAGAGAAUUGUUAAGGAACAUUUGGUUUCGUUCCUAAUAUCGCACAAACUUCUCUCACCUUCACAGCAUGGCUUUCUGAAGUCUCGCUCGUGUGUUACCUGUCAAGUUGACUUCCUUAACCAUCUAACUGAAGCAAUUGACUCAGGUCUUCAGUGCAUUGUUAUCUUCCUCGACAUGCAAAAGGCUUUUGACAGAGUCCCACACAAAAAGCUGUUAUGUAAAUUAAGUAAGUACGGUGUUACAAAUCCGCUUUACUCUUGGAUCCAAUCUUACCUAGUAGGACGGUCGCAAGUUGUGGAUAUCAAUGGUUAUAUCUCUUCACCUCGUCCAGUUACCAGUGGAGUGGUACAAGGCAGUGUCUUAGGCCCGUUACUCUUCCUACUGUAUAUAAAUGACCUGGUUUCUGUUAUACAAUUUGGGAAGCCUUAUUUGUUUGCUGAUGAUUUAAAGGUGGUCUACACGUUCCCAGGUUCUCAGCGUACCGCUGAAGUUAACAAUAUCCAAAGCGACUUGGAAGCCAUUGAGAGAUGGGCUGAUAUGUGGCAGAUGACAUUUGCAACAUCGAAGUGUAGUAUUCUAUCGUAUGGAUGUCAGAUAGCAGCAGAAGUGUUCAGGCUUCAUGAUGUAGUCAUUCCCAUCAGCCAGUCUGUUCGUGACUUAGGUUUAAGAUAUUCUAGUUCGUUAAACUUUAGCGAACAUACAAAUCAUAUAGUGAAAAAGGCUAAGCAGUCGGUCGGGCUCAUAUGCCACCUGCUAACCUUGAAAGAAACCAGACUAAUUGCUUUCAAAAUCAGUAUCUGGCCUUUGCUUGAAUAUUGUUGUGCUGUGUUCAGUAACUUGCGAAAGGCUGACUUGAGAGCCAUUGAAAACGUCCAACGCGCCUUUACGAAGCGCAUAUUUGGCUGUUCAACCGCUCUUUCAUACCGAGAUAGGUGCAAGCAAUUGAAUCUUGAACCUCUGUGGUUACGAAGAAUGCAACUAAAUCUGUGCUUCCUCCACAAACUCGCGUGGCGGAAAGCAUAUAUUGGAACCUAUCAAUUGCACUUUCGGGAAAACACCACUUAUGAACUGCGAGAUAACGAAUGCAUAUUCUAUUUACCUAAAUUCAAGAGCAGUCUAAGGAGAAAUUUCUAUCUUCUUAGGUAUGGCUCCAUUUGGAAUAAGCUGCCAAAAGAGAUUAGAUGUAUUGAACAUUUCUGCAUGUUCAAGAAAAUGAUAAAGGCUUAUCUGUCAACGGACAGAGCGAAAUGGAUCUUAAACAUUCAAUUUGAUGAUGAAAAGCUGUAUGAAGAAGGGCCGGAUCAUGUAUGAUACCGGAGAACAUCAACUCUACUGCACCAGAGAAAACUUGAUCAGCUAGGAUGAGCUGCUACAAACCGCUUCUUAUGCUAUUCCUUAACGCUACCUUCCAUGCGGUUUUACUCCCUUUAAACUUAAUUCAUAUCAACUGUCUUCUGUUUAAAACCGAGAGCAAAAUUAUUUACUGGUGUGACGUCAGGAACUAUUUUCGUAAUUUUCCCCACAAAUUGAUUAAUUCGUAAUAUUGUUCUGCGAUCCCUUUCGCUACAUUUGUUCUCCAGUGCUAAUCAUUUCCCCUUCUUUUCUGAAGUUAACAGUCCAGAAACAUAUACUUGAAUUCAGUGAUGGCAAUAACUGAUUCCCUAUGCGACUUUUGCCUAUGGACAACUCGUACAGUCAUCUGUCUCCGGCUGUCACGCUACACAAUUUAUCGUAUGAUCGGCUCGAUCGAUUUCUACGCCGAUGUACAAAACAUACCUGCCUAUUUUUUACAUUAACGAUAUAGUACCUCUUUCACAUAAUUCUUCUUUUCUAUAUUCUUCCUUAUUUCAUAGUUGGCCACGAAUGGGCUGAUCUCCUGUGGUGACGGAUUACAGCUUCCAGAUUAUAAAAGACGUUACCUAUGCAAGGCAAAUUGCCACCAACUGACUGGCGUAUAAAAAAGUGCCAUAAUAGAAUGAUCCGCAUGACGGACUGGGCUGAGCCUUCAUGGCCCAUAAUACAUGUUCAAAAGCAGCUCUAAAAUGAACAAAACAUAUGAUAUACAGGUG